UAAACACUCAUCCGAGCAGAUCGAGCACACAAACACAAUCUUUAAAUGUCAAAAACCACAGCAUCACGAGAGUCUAAAAUACCGGCGCCACCGAAAGUACAAAUCUUUUUUUAUCACCAAAAAUGCUGAUAAAAGCAAUCCGAGUAAUCGGGGUGACAAAAUAUUAUAAACCCCAAUAUUGGGGGUUUAUGGGUUCAAGAAAUGCAAAGAGACAAAGCAUAGUGGCGGAGAGAGAGAGAGAAGAGAGGAGAGAGGGGAGAGUACAUGCCAUCUGGUGUACAAGGAGCACUUUCCGGGUUAUUUCUGCUGGAGAUUUUUGCUCUGUUGUUACUGCUAGACUGUAACUGAUAAAAAGCAGACCACUUUUUCCUCUCUCUCCUCUAUCUCUCUUCUUAUCUCCUCUCACUCUAACCCACUGCCUCUUUCUCCUCCAAUUUCAAAACCCUAUUUCCAAUUUCCUGCUCUGAUCUUCUUUGCAUGUCGUUUGGGAAAUGCAUCGAAAGGUUAACAAAGUGAUGGUCACGUGGAGUUGCAUGAUUCGCCGUGUUUUGGGUGAUUUGGAUGGAGGAGAUUCUGCAGGAGCUGGUUUUGCUGAGCUUUGGGAUAGAAUUAGGUUUUUGUCAGCCUUCUGGGCCUCGGUUUCUCCUGGGUUUACGGGAAUUUCUUUUCCUGAAUUUGGGUAGAUUGGAAAGCGGCUUCCUUUUAGUUUGUGUUAGGUUGUUCUUCAUCUCUGUGGAGAUGUCUUUUUCUCAUUUUGUUUCUGUUUGGGGGUUUUUCUUUGCCCCCUGUAUGUUGUUUGACUUUUUCUGCUUUUUUCCUCUUUUAAUAUAUCGUCUCUUUAUUAAUAAAAAAGUGUGUUGACUUGCUGUUUAAUUAGUAAACUAAUAAUAAUUUUUUUUUAUAUAUAUUAAACAACUCUCAGAUUAUGUGAGACUAAAUAUUUGAAAGACUAGCUGUCUUUCAUGUGUACGUAUGAGAACAUGAGUCUCGGAUGAGAUUCGGACAGAAUAUGUUGUAAAAGUUCUUCGUAUUUGUUAUUAUAGUAAUUAAUUAGUUUGAUGUGAUUCCAAUGUUGUUCAUGUGAAGUUAAGAAUAGUAAAACACAGUGAGAAAUUAUUUGGUUGACAAUAAUAAUUAAAAGCAUUUCGCAUUUAGUUAUAGGCAAUUACUCUGGUUAGAAGAAAACACAGAGGAGUUCUAUGUUGUCACUUAUUUUCUAAUUAUGGGAACUCUACACAAACCCAAAUCGACCAAAUUUGUUUCAUAAGGGCCUUAGGUCAUAUUUCUUGACCCAUGAGUUCAUAUAUGGAUAUUUGAGAUGUCACCUACUGUGCCCCUCAACCAUCCAUAUUGAGUCCAGCAGUUAUGAUAUAGAAACUGUGUGCGUGUAUGUGUAGAAAAAGAGAGAGAGAGAGAGAGAGAGAGAAUUAGGAUAUCUUGCCUGACAGUUUGACACGUUAUCUUGCCAUAAUGCAAACAAGAAUUACGUGUUUAGGAGAGUCGGUUUUUCUUGUUGUCUUUUCUUUUGAGAUGCUUUUGAUGCUCAUGUUGCAUUUUACCUAGUUCCUGGAGGAGUUCUAACAUUUAUAGUUAUGUUAGUAGUCAAAUUGGUGUGAAUUAGGCCAAAUCUGAAUAUGAAUUUGAUUAUCCAUAUAUUUUGGAAUGAAGUUGAAAUCUGAAAAAAUGUCCACAAACUCAAACUACAUUGAGACUUGAAUAUUUGUAGUAUAUGUACAAACUUUUUAAAAACAAUAGAUUAUGUGUAUGAAUUAUCAGAGAAUAUAUAAUAAUACUUAUUUCUAAAAAAAUUAUUGGGUUUAAAAAUUCUAGUUAGAUUACUGUGUUAGACUUGGAUCUGUUUGUCUGUUAGGGAAUCGAAUCUUAGAGGGAUGGAUUUGGCUUGCAAUUGAAUAUUGACAGAACUUGUUGGUAUCUGCAGUGUAAGAGUUAUGUUGUGAUUUUCCUUUUGGGGGAAGGGAGUUUGAUGGUUUUGUCUUUUAGAAGCUUUAGAGUUAAUCAAAGAACUGAAGUUUAUAUUCAGUUCUGUCAUACCCGUUUAAUGCUAGUAGAUAUAUUUUGCAGUUUUUAUAGUGAUUUUGGAUGUUAAGUAUAUGGGAUCUGCAUCCUAUAAGUUUGUUUAUAUUCAGUUCUGUCAUACCCUAAACCCUUAUAGGAUCUGCAUCCUAUAAGUUUGUUUAUGCUUUUUUCCUUGUUGUUGCAGGUUUGUCAACAAUAGUUGGAUGGUUUGAGCUAAAACAUCAGCUUUGACGUGGAACACUAUUUUGUUUUAUAUGCAGUGAUAUGUGAAUGAUGGCAAUGUAGUAUUGCCCACCUUUUGUGGUGCUGGAUAUAUGUAUUUAUAUUCAGCAAAGAAGGGAAGAGACUGAACGAGUUUGCUGUCAAUUAAUGUUAAGAGCCGAAAGCGGAGCAUUUCCAUGGCUUUGAGGGUGGCAAUUACCAAAUGACUUUACCUGCACUUCAUCAUUUAUAGUGAUUUUUGUCAACGGAAGAUUCCAGAUUUUUCAGUAACUCUUAAACAGAAAAAUAUACAGCUGGUAGAUAUCACCUUUCGUGCUGAUGGUUAUAUGUCUUGCAAAUAGGGGAACAUAAGGAAGACUGGUAAAGUGGAACUGCAGUGAGUUGGCAGAGAUGUUUCUCAGCAAAGAAAUUGACGAUUUGCAUGAUGAUGGGUUUGAAGGAUCGAAAACUGAGCACUGUAUAUUCACAGAGGUUUUCUUUGGUCAAGACAUUGGUCGCACUAGUAACAGAUGUCUUGUUACUGGAAUGAUUAACUUUGAAUGUGAGUCAAGUAAGAACACUGAUGCAGCACUGUCUCCAAACAGUGAAAACUCAGUUGUAACAAGUCAUUCAUCCCCUAAAAGUACCUGUUUAGAGGAGUUUUAUAAUGCAACCAAAGAAAUUAGAGAAACCUCCGGACCAGGGUUCUCCUUGGACAGGUCUGCUAUGUUAGAUAGGAAUGGUGAUGAUGCGGCUGUUAAGAGAAUGAAGUUUUCAGCUGAUGAGCUUCCUAAUACUAAACCUGGUUUAGGAAAGGUCAUGUCUGGUCCAGCUUCAAACUCUGUCUCUGAAACAGUGACAUUUCGUUUGGUUGAAUCUUCUAGCCAGGGAGUCACGUCUAGUUGCUAUCUGUUUAAGCAACAUGCAGAACUUAACAAACCAGGUGUAACAGGUGACCCAGAUGUUUCAAAGUGCAGAUUGCCAAACUCAAGUGGGGAUGAUAGAAAGGAAGUCUGCCUAAGUAAAGCUAUUGCUUCACCUGUUUCACAUGAGAACUUCUCGGCCAGGCUUCUGGCUGCAAGUCCAUUAGCCACUGUUAUGGAUAAGUCCAGAACUACUCUACCUGCCGAGGGAAAGCCCAAGGGAUUUGAAUCUCCUGUUUUGGAUGUAUCCAACGUGGCCUUGAAGACAAAGAAUGGUAAGGAUCCUCGUCCGCUUCUCCAAUAUCAUGUUGCUCGCUUGCUUGAAGCUGCUGGAUGGCAUAUUGAGAGGCAAAAAAGAGCUAGUAGAAAUUAUAUGGAGACUGUUUAUAUAACACCUAAGGGAAGGUUAAUUCGUGAACUCCCCAAAGCUUGGCGGUUAUGUGGAGAACUUUUGUUAGCAGAUGGGUACAGUAUGCUGCAGGAAGAUGAUACGAAGGAGUGGGCCAAUAUCAGUCAGUUCUGGUCAGAUCUGUCUGGUGCUAUAGUAAGUAUUGAGAAGGAGAUGCAUCAUCCACAACCUACUACUGUGUUGGCUUACUGCUGGAGGCUUUUAGAUCCUUUUGUGGUUGUCGUGUUUAUUGCGAGAAAGAUUGGUAGUCUAAGAAAGGGAGAGAUAGUUAACGCAACUCAAAGUAUAGUUGAUUCAAACCAUAAGACUGAUUCUGCUUUGGCCUUGAAUUGUGCCGAUAACAUAGAAGAUCAUUUUACUAAGGAAGAUGUGUCAGCUCCCCACCGUGAUUCCACAUUGGCGAGGAAGGGUUUGGCAGUUUCUGAGGGAGAUUACAAUGCCUGUGGGAAAUCUGGUAAUGAGGAAGUGAAAUUUCGUAUGGGACUAUCUAUUUAUUCAGCUAAUGCAGAUAGUCAUUGCUUGGUGAAUGCUGGUAAUAGAGUUGAAAAUGGGUUCUCUGGGAGAAUGACAUGUCCGGAUUCCUUACCAGUUUGUGGGUCUGGUGGCACCUGCAUUCAUUCAGCUACUCAUCAAGAUGAAACUUCCAGAAACUGUAACAAUGUGCAUGGGGGUUCUGAAGCUGUAUCCCCUCACCAAGAUAGCAAUGCAAAUUCCCCUAGCUCUAAUAAACAGAGUUCUGGACUUGAUUUAGAAACACCUAAGGAAAUUAUGGUAGACACAUCAGUGGAUUAUUCUGAGGAAAAAGAUGAAUCCAAGGAAGGCAAGGUUGAUGAUAAGCUGGAAAGUGCUCAGAAGGGAUCACUAGAUAACCAAGGAAACUGCAUAGUUGAUGUUCUGAAAAGAAAAACGCGUAGGAAGUCUAAGAAGAUAUCUGAAAUUGAACCAAGCACGUUAUACCGAAGAAACCUUUUAGAUUUUACUUCAAGUGGUGCUGAUUCACUGUGUAUUGAUGCUAAUGGUACCCAGUCAAAGUUGAAAGAGGCCCAGGAUGAAUUUACAGGCAAUAAAAGAUGCAAAGGAAGUCGCAAGAUGCCCUUACCUCCCGACUCUUGCCCGCAACAGAUUGGGAGGAAAAGUUCAAAGUUGAUGAAGAUUUCUCGUGAAUGCUAUGAUUUUCAGACUGGAAAAAGGAAAUCAUUUAAUUGCCAAAUUGAAGAUGAUGACUUGUUGGUUUCAGCCAUUAUCAAAAACAAAGAUUUUAGGACAACUCAUGCUCAGUAUUUGUCUAGAAAGAAAGCCUACAAAUCAAGAGCUCAUAAGAAAGGCAAAACUAAAAUCCAAAAGAGUAGUUGCAAGUUGCUUCCAAGAAGCCUGGGCAGUGGGGGGAAGCACUUUAAGGAUGGAAAGUGGCAUUCUGUAGGAGUGAAAACAGUUUUGUCUUGGUUAAUUGAUGCUGGUGUCAUAUCUCUAGAUGAUGUGAUUCAGUAUCGAAAUCCCAAGGAUGGUGGUGUCCUUAUAGAUGGUCUGGUUACCAGGGACGGCAUUUUUUGCAAGUGUUGCAGUAAAGUAGUUUCAGUUUCUGAGUUCAAGAGUCAUGGUGGGUUCAAACAGAAUCGUCCAUGUUUGAAUCUUUUCAUGGAAUCUGGUCAAUCCUUCACCUUAUGCCAGCUUCAAGCUUGGUCAGCUGAAUACAAGACCAGGAAAAAGAGCAGCCAAGUCGUGCGAGACGAUGAAAAUGAUCAAAAUGAUGAUUCGUGUGGAAUUUGUGGUGAUGGUGGCGAGUUGAUAUGCUGUGAUAAUUGCCCAUCUACAUUUCAUCAGGCUUGUUUGUCUCUGCAGGAGCUCCCUGAAGGCAGUUGGUAUUGCUCAAAUUGCACCUGUUGGAUAUGUGGUGAUUUCGUUAAUGACAAAGGGGCUCCAAGUCCUGAUGGAUUUAAGUGUUCACAGUGUGAGCACAAAUAUCAUGAUGCAUGCCUGAAAGAAAAAUGGACAUACGGAGCGAUACCAGAUACUUUUUUCUGUAACAGAAGCUGUCAGGAGGCAUAUUCUGGUCUUCAAUCUCGUGUUGGCUGCAUUAAUCAUUUUGCUGAUGGCUUUUCAUGGACACUGCUUAGAUGCAUUCAUGAUGACCAAAAGGAUCAUUCUGCUCAACGAUUUGCACUGAAGGCAGAAUGCAAUACAAAACUAGCUGUUUCUCUUACAAUAAUGGAGGAAUGCUUUUUGUCAAUGGUUGAUCCUAGAACAGGCAUAGACAUGAUACCCCAUGUCUUGUACAACUGGGGGUCAGAGUUUGCACGUUUGAAUUUUCAAGGCUUUUACACUGCAGUCUUGGAGAAAGAUGAUGCGUUGGUAUCUGUAGCAUCCAUCAGGGUGCAUGGAACAACAGUUGCAGAGAUGCCGCUUAUUGCAACUUGCAGUGAAUUCCGUCGCCAGGGAAUGUGCCGACGCCUCCUCGCUGCAAUUGAAGAGAUGCUACUAUCUUUUAAGGUUGAAAAGCUUGUCGUAGCUGCCAUUCCCGAUUUGGUUGAGACAUGGACACAGGGUUUUGGCUUUGUACCUGUAGAAGGCGAUGAAAAGCGUGGUUUGGACAAGAUCAACUUGAUGGUCUUUCCUGGAACAAUGCUGCUCAAAAAACCCUUGUACGAAAAUCAAAAAGCACAUAGGCGUUCCAAAAUGGAAACCAACAGAGUUGCUGCUGAUGCGGAGUUAGAAGUCGGCGCUGAAGCUGAAUUCAACGAUGGUAUCCAUCCAUUCGAGGGAACCGGUUGUCAGAUCGAAGAAGGCUGGGAAUCCGAACUUGAUACCAAGGAAGCGGAAGUCGGAGUUAAGGGAAGCAAGAAUGCGCAAGCAGAAGUAGGUGAAGCCGAAGGAAGCACUUUGCAGGGCGAAUUUUCAAAGCUGUCUGUGGAAGAAGUAGCAGAACUAAGAUUAGAAAAUAGCGACGGGCCGGAAACCGUGGCUAAUGUUGAAUCCUUGAAAAUGUAUGAUGAAAUACAGCAGCAGCUUCCUUUGGACGAAUAAUCGCAAAAAAUUAAAAAAAAUGCGAUUUUGAAAUAAAAUAUAAAAUCGUUUAAGUUAAAA